AUGUUUGCUGUACGAAUCGUCACCGCAGACUACUACCUGACAAGUCCCAUUAAAGACCUGGACGUCUGCUAUUCUGAAUUCAGGGAGAGCGAUGUGAAGAAAGUGCCGGUGGUGCGGAUAUUUGGAGCAACACCAGCAGUGCUCCUGGGUCUCAGGAUGACCUGGAGCAGCGUCCAGCAGGAUGUGCCCUCAGUGAGGAUUAAAGGCUUUACAACGGGGGACAGCGGGUCAUGGCCUUACUAUGGUUAUCACGCCAAGGAGAAGCUCUUUAUGAAGAUCUAUUUAUACAAUCCUCAGAUGGUCAAGAGAGUGUGCGAGCUGCUGCAAAGCGGAGCCGUGAUGAACAAGAGUUACCAGCCUCAUGAGGGCCACAUCCCCUACCUGCUGCAGCUUUUCAUAGACUACAACCUGUACGGCAUGAACCUGGUUAACCUGGCAGCUGUCAAGUUUCGAAGCGGCCAGAAAAAAGAUGAAGCAAAGGCAGACCCAGAAGGAUCGGCGUUCAGGAGCAUCAGCCCCUGGAAGGCUCCCUGUACGUCCAAGCUCAACGACAGCACCAUAGGAGGCACAUUCGUCCGCUGGGAGGAGAACGCCAUACCCAGCUCUUUAGUCCUGGAUGAGGUGGAGAGGCAGAGCACCUGUGAGCUGGAGGUUGAUGCUGUUGCUGUGGAUGUUCUCAACCGCCUCGAAAUCGAAAAUCAAAUUGGCAGGAAUCCUGGUCUGCAGGCCAUCUGGGAGGAUGAGAAGCAGAGGAGGAGAGAGAAGAACCAGCCCUCCCAGAUUGAAACCCCCGAGUCACAAGAUCGUGGGUUUGUCACCUCAUCAGAGAGUGAGAAAAUCUUCAUGAAGAGAGUCGAGGAGAUCCUCAAGGAGAACGAGUUUGAUGUGACACAAGAUCUGUGUGCUUGUGAUGGGGAGAACCAAGAAGAUUUCCCCGGUGAACUAACACUUCAUUUUGACCCCCUGACCCCAGACGGGCUGCCGUGUACCCCUGCUAACGCUGUGGAGGUGCACAGGGGUUCACAGCCAGACUAUGUGAGGAGCAGUGGGAAAGUCCCAGAGGAGGCUGUCGUUGAUGAGGAGGCCAUCCUGACUCUCCUGGAGAACAGUCAGUCUUUCCUCCCACUCUCCCAGACAUCCAACCACUCGACCCUGUUAGACAGCAGCCGGGACCAAGCCAUCAUUGACUUGCUGGCAGGCCUGGAGGACGAUGGUUUCUGCAGGACACCCACUAGGCAGAAUUCCCAGUCCCGCUCACUCCCCGGUGUCACGAACUACAACUGCAACAGUGAUGAAGAGGAAGCAGGCCCAGAACUGGACAAGGAAGAGGCAGAACUCAGUGUUAUAAUGUCACAGCGUUGGGACAGCGACCCUACUGAUAGUGCUUCCUCUCAGAGACCCUGCAUGAAGGAGACAGAAAACUGCUUCAGUGAUGCCCAGCAGGAGUCCUCUGACGAAGACAUGGAGUGGAGUGGAAACAACUCUAUGUUCGCUAACCUGUCCAUCCCGCAGCUCGAUGGCGCCGCAGACGAGAGCAGCGAUUCCUCCUUAACAGAUAGUGGCUCAAUGACGCAGUCUUCGCUUACGGCCACUGAAAAGAUGUUGGGCAAAAGAAAUCCCAUCCCAGGGGAGACGGUCCACCUUGAGCCACCAUCUACAGCUAAGAUCCUUUUGGAGUGCAAGCAUCCCGAGCACAUACCAGUUCACGUGUUGGACACGGAGCAGCCGCUUGACAAGCACUUUCAGUUAAAAAGCAGUCAGGACAGCAGUAGUGAAUGUUUGACAGGGUUCAAGGUGAAUAAAGAAAUCCCCUACAUCCAGCCAGUCAAGCACCCUAUUCCCUGCAUAUUAGCCAAUCACCCUGAGGUGUCUCCCAUCUGCAUGGACAAAGAAGAACUACGACCUUUGUACACCUACGAUAAGAAAGCUUCGAUAGCUUUGGAUAAGACGGAUAUUGAAAGUUUCCCAUUUGGUAAUGGAAAGGUCGCCAAGGACAGGAAGAAGUACAGCAGUAUAAAGAAUGUAGAAACAAACCGUCUGUCCAUUCUUCAGAACCACAGGGGCUUUUCUCUCUGUUAUUCUGAGCUGAGAAACUGCUCAGCUAAGACUGACCUGGAACUGAACACAAAAGACAAUAAAAGCCCCCUUCUGAGGAGCAUCGCAUCAGCCCCAUCGACCUUGAAGGAGGACGAGUUUCUUGAUCCUCAUGAGGACGAAAUUGGUAAAGACGGCGAGGAAGGAGAUGUCGGUGAGCUGAAAAUCAGGUACGAGGAUUAUCAGGAAAAUAAGACUGAGAGGACUAUUGUUGCCCAGCAGGAGGCACACUACAAGUUUUUCCCCAGUGUCAUUCUCUCCAACUGCCUCAGCAGAAAGAAACCUGGGAACAAGAAAAUGGCUGACACCUGCAGUAAAGUAGAACAGGCCCAACCUCGCAGGUCUAAGCUAAAGAUGAACAAAAAAAGGCUAGGUAUGACAGGACCUAGGAACAAAUUAAAGGUGGUCCAAAGCUCUACCUCUGAUAGCCAGAUUAGCACCGGCAUCACCUCAGUAACACCUGCUAGUCCUGUGACUACGGACACUGAAAUGCUGAUUUCUGAGGAUCAUCAGGAUUUACAAGAGGCCGAGUUGAUCAAAGAGGAAACGAUUGUGAAAAAUGAGUCUGAAAGUGAGGAGCGGUCCAUAGGUGAACAAGCAGAACCACAGCCAGAGCCCCUUGUCUCCAGCUCUGCUACCAAUUCCUGUUUUUCUGAGGAAACUAAAGACUCUACUGAGGAUGUGGUAAGCCCACUGCAAGAUUUGUCUGCCAAAGUCACCUGUACUAAACCGUCAGCACUGCCAGGUAGUAAAUACACCCUGAGGACCAAACGGAAGAUGAAAUAUGAUUCGGAGGAUGGGGAACACUCAAGUGCUACUCGUUCUAAAAACCUAGCUUCUGUCAAAGAACGACUUAAGGACAAUGAUGUCUCAGGUGGGCAAGAAGUAAAGUAUCAGAGAAGACGCAAGAAGGAACCUCCUAUUAUUAUAAAGUACAUUAUUAUUAACAGGUUCAAGGGAGAGAAAAACAUGCUGGUGAAGAUGUCCAAAGUGAAUGCAGCUGAGCAGUUGGUGGUGUUGACGCCAGACAAGCUAGAGCACUAUAAAAAACUGGCUCCUCUCAAGGAUUUCUGGCCCAAGGUACCAGAAUCCACUGCUGUUAAGUUUCCCGUCACUGAACCAAAAGCCAAAAAACAUCCCAAAAGAAAGGCAAAGGUCAACUCCACAAAUAAAAAGACUAUCAACAACUCCUCCAAACCUCUGAUCAGACAGGGUGAAAGGGUUCAGAGGCCAAAAGGCCGCAAAAAAGCCCCAGUCCUGCCAUCUCUGCCACCCCCUAGACCAUGUUACUGUGAGUUGGCACAUGACUAUGAUGUUGACUAUUCAGAUGUCAUGGUAGAGUUGGGCUACCUCUCAGAUAGAUCCCAAAGCCCGAGAGACUCAACGCCGCCACGCUGUUGGUCCCCAAGUGACCCCCUCAUGAAUACCAGGAGUUCAAAAGAGCUGAUAAAUCCACACAUUGACCCAUGUCUUAGUUCUGCUUUCCAAAAGCCACAUAGAUCGUCUACAGCCAAAGGAGCAUGUAGUAAGUGUCAAACUGCCAAACCCAAGAGACUGUCAGAUGCUAAAAGGAAAACAAGUAAGUCUGCAGAAAAGCCUAAAACUGAGAAGGCAAAACAAGGUAAUCCUGCUAUUUCGAGGCAGAGGAUCAAAGCUGGAGGGGCUGUCAACAGUUCUACAAGCACUACAAGACCUAGAAGGUCUCGUAAAAAGAAAACAGAGGAACCCAAAAGCCAUGACUUAAGUAAAGAGAGCUCCCAACUCCUUUUCCCAGAGGAUGAGUUGCCUCCUUCUGAGAGCUCUUCACAAGAGGUUCCUCCAUUUCAACAGCAGGUGGGCAAAGACAGCCAGAGCACGUCCCAGACUCCAUCUACACCAGAAAGGAACUCAGUAACCAAGUUUAUCAAGCCAAAGGUUGAAGACUGUGAGACUUCCAUCAUGGAGGUCAACCAAAGCAUUUCGGCACCUGCUCAGACGAAGCAGCAAGCUUGCCAGACCACCGUGGUAAAGGCAGAGGAUUCACAGGAUUAUUGCACAGACUUUCUGCCUCCAGUACAGGAACACAAUAAAGAUGCCCAGCUAAAAGAAGGUCUCCCACACUCAGGCCCCAAGAACGGGGAGAUCCCCCCUCUCUCUGAGACCCCAUCUGGCUUGGCUGUCCUCAAGAAGCUUCUUCAGACGAGGCAGAAGGGACAGCCCCUUCCCAUACAAGUGGUUGGUACAGCAAGCCACUCUACAGCCAUAGCCCAGGCGGCAGCACUUCUAAUUCCCACCACUAAACCCACUAAAUCCAGAAAAGCCCCCACCCUCACUUCUCGGAAACCCAGGGCCCCAAAAUCUACCACAGCAAAAGAAAAGGGGCCGAGAAACAGGAAAGGCAAGACGAGCAGUACUCAGCCAAAUCGGUCAGUAAAGCAGGAGGGAAGCAUGUCAGAUGAAUGUCCCCUCUUCCUGUCAGACCCGGGACUGGACAGAUGCAAUUUCAUAGAGGACAGCUUGUCACCAGAGCUCCCGCACAACUACACAUUUGAUAUAAAUGCUAUCGAUCAAACAGAGUUCUCCAGUCCGUACAGUGGCAGUCAGUUUGUCGUGACUGAUAAAAAUUUACCGGUCAAAUUCCUGAGUGACAUCAGCCAGGAUUCUGUAUCUGCUCAGGCGCCGGACUCCGAAAAGAAACUUGACAGGCUGCUUUGUUCUGGGGAGGAUCUUCAAAGGGGCUCUGACUGCAACAGAGCAAGGCCGGACAGCCCCGACCUUUUAGAUGGGCACACGAACCGCGAGCCUACAUCAAGCCUCACGUCCCUCAAGAGCAGAGAGUGGGACUUCUCUUUAGGUAAAGCCCACACGCUCAGCCCCUUUCAAGACUUUCACUGUGAGAGGAAAGAGCUGCUCUUUUCAGUUUUUGACUCACUGCCUUUAAGCUCCGCUUCAUUCGUCGACCACGAGGGCUCACCAACAGGUGAGCUGCCGGAGGGCAUUGAUGGACUAACAUCCACCACCCCCAGCAGCUCUCCACGCUCCAUCAGCUCGCUAUCACAGGUGAGGGCAAGCCAGCUGCAGCGAGGGACAGCGGCCGGAGGAGCCCACAUUCUCAAGCCCCUCAUGUCCCCUCCCAGCCGAGAGGAGAUCCUCAGCACUCUUCUGGACCUGGAGAUGUCAGAGGCCACCUUCCUGGAGCCUUUCUGCAGUGACCCCUCUGAUGCCCCAGGGAAGCCAAUGGAGGUCGGUGGCCGUAAGCUAACAGUGGGCACUCGGCUAGCUCGGGAACUUGCAGAGUUUGGUGGAGACCUGUCUCUGGAAGGCCUCCAUUUCUGGAAGACGGCCUUCUCGGCCAUGACGCACCCCGCCACCACCGUUAUCUCAUCUUGUCAAGGAGCAGAGGCUUCAGAGACAAAUAAACAAAAGGCAGAGGGUGACCUAUCCUCACCCAGCGAUAAGAAGGUGGUGCUUUUGCCCUGCAAAAACCCACCAAGCCGCAAGCGUGUGCAGGUGUGGCUAAAAGCUAGAAAGCAGUAUGAGAGUCUACAAAAAGGCAGGAGAGAGUGUGAGGUGCUGAAGACAGAAAGGGCUGGUCUGGAGGAACAUGGGAGCUCAGAGAGAAGCGAAUUGCCAGCUGCUGACAGAAGCUUGAAGGUUGAGCUCUGUGGUAACUUUUCCUGUACCAGAACUCAAAGGAGAAAGAAACAGAGCCUGUCUUUAAUCCUGUCUCCGCUGGAGAAUACAAGAUUGAGGUGUAAAUCCACAGAAGCAAGUCCAGUUUCAGAUAAAGGCAGUGUCUGUCUUGAACAGGAGGACAAAAAUAAAGAGGAUGAUGAUAAAACCACCUGUCCAGAGUCCCCAGAGCUGCCUACAUGGCAGCAGUCCCAUCAACCAAGCCCCUCUGGCCAAGGACAGCUCAGUGAGAACAAGCCAGGUGAAGACUCUCCAAAACCGCUAUCACCUAUGCGCUGUAAUUCCCCAGAGCUGCUAAGAGGGAACCACAGUCCCUCACCUCUCGCUGUCAGUGACAGGGAUGAGAGGAGAACCAGUCCCCAGCUCAUUCACAGCACCCCUUUCUUGAGGAGGCGAUGGAGAAGCAAAGAAGAUCUGGAUCCAGUGUGCAGCACACCCAUAUCUCAGGAGGAUCCUGUUUCUCAGAGACUUCAGCAGAGGAGGCGGAGCCAGGCAGACCCCCUGAGAAGAGUGUUACUGACCACGCAGAUGAAGAAUCAGUUUGCUGCUUUGAAUGUGCCAAAGAAAGAUAACUCUCAGAUCGAAGGGCCAAGUAUAGCCAACUCCUACGGCUUUAAAGUCAGCAUGCAGAACCUACAGGAUGCCAAAGCUCUGCAUGAGGUCCAGCACCUGACACUGAUGACCAUGGAGCUUCAUGCAAGAACCCGCCGUGACCUCGAACCUGACCCCGAGUUUGACCCCAUAUGUGCCUUAUUCUACUGCUUCAGUUCAGAUACCCCCCUGCCUGAUGUAGACAACACCCAGCUCACAGGGGCCAUCGUGGUAGAUAAAGACCAUCCAGGUUCCAGCCAAGGAUCCAGAGGAAGAGCGCCGUUGCUGGUCAGAUCAGGUGUUUCUGGGCUGCAAGUGACAUACGCUGCUGAUGAGAAGAUGCUGUUUGACGUGUUGGUCACCAUCAUGAGGAGAUUUGACCCGGACAUCUUGGUGGGCUACGAGGUGCAGUUGCAUUCUUGGGGCUACCUCCUUCAGCGGUCCUCAGCACUUGGAGUGGAUCUGUGCCAGCAGCUGUCACGAGUGCCAGGUGACUCCAAAGAGAACCGCUUUGCUGCAGAGAGGGAUGAGUACGGAGCCGACACCAUGACAGAGAUCAACAUCAUCGGGCGCAUCACCCUUAACCUGUGGAGGGUGAUGAAAACUGAGGUGACGUUAAACAACUACACUUUUGAAAACGUGGCCUUCCAUGUGCUCCACCAGCGCUUCCCUCUCUACAGUCCCCGCACUCUCUCUGACUGGUUUGACCACAACACAGACUUGUACAGGUGGAAGAUGGUGGAUCACUACGUGAGCCGUGUGCGUGGCUGCAUGCAGCUCCUGCAGCAACAUGACAUCAUUGGCAGAACCAGCGAGCUGGCCAGGCUGUUUGGAAUUCAGUUUUUCCACGUUCUGACCCGAGGAUCACAGUACCGUGUGGAGUCCAUGAUGCUGCGUGUGGCCAAGCCCCUAAACUACGUCCCAGUGACGCCCAGCAUACAGCAGCGUGCCCAGCAGAGGGCUCCACAGUGCAUCCCUCUGGUGAUGGAGCCCGAGUCCCGCUUUUACAGCAACUCGGUGGUUGUGCUGGACUUCCAGUCGCUCUACCCUUCCAUUGUCAUCGCAUACAACUACUGUUUCUCCACCUGCCUCGGCCAUGUGGACAACCUGGGAACGCCUGAUGAGUUUAAGUUUGGCUGCACCUCCCUGCGAGUCCCUCCCGAGCUCCUCUACCAGCUCCGCAACGACAUCACUGUGUCACCUGGUGGCAUCGCCUUCGUUAAGUCUUCAGUGCGUAAAGGUGUCCUGCCCAUGAUGCUGGAGGAAAUCCUCAACACAAGGAUCAUGGUGAAGCAGUCCAUGAAAACCUACAAGCAGGACAAAUCCCUGACGAAGCUGCUGGACGCACGGCAGCUCGGACUCAAGCUCAUCGCCAACGUCACCUUUGGAUACACCGCUGCUAACUACUCUGGGCGCAUGCCCAGUGUGGAGGUUGGAGACAGCAUUGUCCACAAAGCCAGAGAGACCCUGGAGAGAGCCAUCAGGAUGGUCAAUGACACGAAGAAAUGGGGAGCGCGUGUUGUGUACGGAGACACUGACAGGGGUACGGUGCGCCGCGACGGCUGCCCUGCUGUUUCCAAGAUUCUGGAGCGUUCCAUCAAGCUGCUGUUUGAGACACGUGACAUUAGCCAGGUGAAGCAGUUUGUGCAGCGUCAGUGUAUGAAGAUUCUGGAUGGCCGGGCAAGCAUGCAGGAUCUGACCUUCGCCAAGGAGUACCGGGGCAGCGGCUCGUACAGACCUGGAGCUUGCAUCCCUGCGCUGGAACUCACCAGACGGAUGAUGGCCUAUGACCGAAGGCUGGAGCCACGCGUGAGUGAGCGGGUGCCCUAUGUCAUUGUGUACGGCACACCCGGCGUGCCCCUCAUCCAGCUGGUCCGCCGGCCCACCGAGGUGCUGCAGGACCCCACCCUGCGCCUCAAUGCCACCUACUACAUCACUAAGCAGAUCCUGCCGCCACUGGCCCGUAUGUUCCAGCUGAUCGGAGUCGACGUGUUCAGCUGGUACCAGGAGCUCCCCAGGAUCCAGAAGGCAUCCUGCUCCUCUGUGGUGGGUGGGGAGGAAGCGGGGAGGAAGGGGACAAUUUCCCAGUACUUCACCACGCUUCACUGCCCUGUGUGUGAUGAGCUGACCCAGCUGGGUGUGUGCUCACGGUGUCGUGCUGAACCUCAGCGAGUCGCUGUUACACUCUACCAGGACAUGAGGCAGUGGGAGAGUCAGCAAGAGCAGUUGCUGAAGAUCUGUAGGAACUGCAGUGGCAGUGCUGAGCGGCAGGUUCCCUGCGUGUCCCUCGACUGUCUCGUCCUCUACAAGCUGUCCCGGGUAAACAGACAACUUUCCAAGGCCCCCUACCUCCGUCAGCUGCUGGAGCAGUUCUGAUUGGCUCCCGAGUCCCGGAGCCACCCACUGAUUUGGUGCUAAUUCCUGGCCUUCCAUCUUAGUGUUUGUCCAUUUGGUUGUAAAAGUUUAAAUGGUGCUUUGAUUGAGCCCUGACGGGUUUUCUCAUUUUGUCUCAAAGUAUUUCUCUGAGUAUGGAGACUGUUUACGUCAUGCCUCCAGUGGAAGAGGCCGUGUGUUCGUUUGCUGCCAUCUCCAUUAGCUGCUAUGGGCCGAAUGAAGCUGAUCUUUUUGAUGACACGGCAACAGACGGCCUGUUGCGGGACUGAGUGCAGUCCAAUCAUGGAACAUGUGUCGUAUUGUGUAUUCACUGUAACUGGUUUUUAAAGAUCUUAUAAAUUCAGAGACGAACUACACCCAAACCACUAAUUGACUUUUUCUCCUUUUUAUACUGACUGCAGUCUUUUUGUAAAUAGUUCCUGUACAGAUCCAUCUCCAAUCUCACUGUGCAUUAACCAACUACAGCUCCAACCGUGAACACAAUCAAAGCAGUUUGAUGCGUUCUUUUUGAAGGUGCCAUUUUUCUGUUUCUUUAACCUUGUCUGUUUUGGCAGAUUUGACAGUUCAUACUACAGAGUAUGGGAACUGGAAAGCUCUCCAUUUUUUUAGUUUUAAAUGUGGGACUGCUGCAAUACUGUAUUUGGUAAUUUAUGCCAUGAAGAGUCUAUUAUUUCCUUGUGGAUAUAUGGUUUUGUGUACGUUUCCAAUUUUACUGUGCGAACCGUCUUCAAACUACAUUACAAUUUGAUCUUUAACCCUCCCACUCCAUGCAGCCGUACACAGGAUCUGUGGAUUUGUAAAAAUGUAAAAACUUAUAAUGAAGGAGAUCCUUUUUGUUUGUUUUUAAUGGACAUUGCUGUGGGUGAAGGUUUGAGAUUGAUAUAAUAAAAUAAAAAAAAUCAAUGUA